CACCUUUACCUCUUUUCUCUUAUAUAUUUCUCCAUCUUCUCCUUCUCUCAUCUCUACUCAAUCAUCAUUCAUCAACACUCAAAUCUUCAACCUCAACAAACAUCUCAACAAUCAAUCAUGCCUACUUCCGAUCUAAAUCUGGAGGCGACCGAGCUCCGGUUGGGCCUCCCCGGCUCCGACCAGUCCAGCAACAAGAGAGCCUCGCCGGAGACGGCGGAGGACGCCGCCGCGAAGUCCGCGCCUGCGCCGAAAGCGCAGAUAGUGGGGUGGCCGCCGGUGAAGUCGUACCGGAAGAGCACGGCGGCGAGGAAGGCGGAGGCGGAGAGCGGGAUGUAUGUGAAAGUGAGCAUGGAUGGAGCGCCUUAUCUCAGGAAGAUUGAUAUCAAGCUUUACGAUGGAUAUUCUCACCUCCUUACUGCUUUGGAAGACAUGUUCAAGCUCUCCAUAGGUGAAUAUUCAGAGAGGGAAGGCUACAAAGGAUCGGAAUAUGCGCCAGCUUACGAAGACAAAGAUGGCGAUUUGAUGCUCGUUGGAGAUGUUCCAUGGGAAAUGUUCAUGUCGUCUUGCAAGAGACUGAGAAUCAUGAGAGGAGCAGACGCAAGGGGAUUGGGCUGUGCUCAGUAAUAUAUAUAUAUAUAUAUAUAUAUAUAUAUAUAUAUAGAGAGAGAGAGAGAGAGAGAGAGAGAGAGAGAGGUAUGUGUGAAGAAAUGAAAGAGGAAGAUGAUGAUGGGAGGGGAAGAGAUAAUCAUCGAUUGCUGCAGCUUGGGUUGUCGAAAUUGAUCUAGAUUUUGAGAUUGAUUGAUUUGCAUGUAUUCGUUCAAAACAGUAGUUUUUUUUUUUUUUGGUUCCAAUAUAUACCUCGUUUGAGAGGUCGAACUGGAAUAUAUAUAUAUAUAUAUAUAUAGUAAAAUUAAAUUACAGUUUUCAUUUUAGAGUGUGAAAAACCUCGGCGGUUUUCGGAUCAAUGUAAUGUUUGUGUUUUUUGAAUUGCUUACUUGUAAUAAAUCUGUCAAAGCCAAAAGAAAAAAAAUCAUAUACUUAGGCGUAGUGGAAUAUAGAGAUAUACGUAUUAUAUAUC